AUGGCUGUUGAUCAAUCAAAAGCACCAAUAGGAGGAUUAGCAUCCAGAAAUAUAUUUGGUGCAACUCAUGAAAAUGAAUUUUUGCAGAGUUUUGUCAGAAUUGAUUUGGGAAAAGAUGAACGUGAAGAGCAAGCAGCUGCACCACGACACAAAGAAUCUGAUGCAGGUCAAACAUCUCAAAGAUCUAAGAAAAAAAAGAAAGGUAAGAAGAAAGUUGCCCGGCGAUUUAAAAUUGAACAUGAAGAACUGUAUACUGACAAAGAUAGAGCUGCAGCUGUUAAUAUGGGAUCCAGAGAUAUCAAACUUUCGUUAAAACAAAAACGAAGGGAGGAGCGUGGAUUAGGUAGCGAAGGUGCUUCAGCUAUGUCUGAAGAAGCUACCGCGGAUGCAUUAAUUGCUGUUGGAAAACAUGAAAUGAAUACUGGAAAUCCGAAAGUAGCAGUAGAAUUUAUAGAUAAGGCUUUAGAGCUGAAUCCAGAUGAGAAAAAUGCUUUGGUAGCCAGAAGCCGCUGCCACUUGAUGUUAGGACAACCACGAUUAGCUUUGCAAGAUGCUGAGGCUGCAUUAGCUUUACAUAAAGACUAUAUAAAGGCUGUAUAUCAAAAGGCAGAAGCAUUAUAUCAUCUAGGAGAGUUUGAACACAGUUUAAUGUAUUAUCAUCGCGGAUUAAGAGCAAGGCCGGAUCUUGAAGGAUUUCGUCUAGGAGUUCAAAAAACACAAGAGGCUAUAGAAAAUACCAUAGGAGCCGUUUCUAAGAAGAAAACUUCAAGGUUAAGUAAGAUGGAAACCCCAUUGCCCAGCUCUGCCUUUGCAUCUGAAUAUCCAAUGAGCAAUGCCGAUAGUCCAAUAUUGAGAUUGGAUGAAUCCAUGAGAGGUUCGCCAAGUGCCUGUCUUCCUACCCGACCGAAAACGUGUGUUCGCAGACCGAGAGAACCUAGCGCUGCGCUAAAUGAAGACCGAGAUUACUUGGAAAAGCUGCUAAAAGAUCCUGCUUUACGGAAAAUACCUGGUAUGGUGCCCGGAUGCCGAUCGCGCCAAGGAGACGCAGAUCGCCUCACAGGAUUGGCGCGUGAAGCUGUCGCUUUUUUAGAUGGCAGGCAAGAAUUUUGGAGGCAGCAACGUCCAACAGCUCCGCCUUCCAGAGUUAAUAGAGCAGCAAGUAGUAGAAGCGCAGAUACUCGCCGAGCAGUAAGUGCUGCGCCAUCCGGUUCGACCCGACGCACUCCGGGUUGA